UUUUUUCCAUGUUGUGGUUGUGGGUGCGUGCAUUUGUGUUGUCCGGUGUUUGAAGACGCUUGGAAUUCGCUUUCAAUUUCUUCAUAGGAAAAAUGUCGGGUGAUACCGAUAAAGCAAAAAUCAGUGAUAAUCAGGAUGAAGACAAGAAAUCCGGAGCAGGCGAUGGGCAUACAACAGAAGAUGAAUCUUCUCAGGAUUCAAAGGGUGAGUGCCUGUCUCAAGAGGCCGAAGUCCAAGGUAACGCCGAUGAUGUAGAACCCAAGGAAAUUCCAGGUGAUGCUAAGUCAACAACAGCAAACGGAAAAGAAGACGGCCCCGCUAAUGACACCAAAGAUGAAAAGGACGGAAAGGCUGACGCAGACAAAAAGGAAGAAAAUGGUGAAACUCACGAUGAAAAUGAAAAAGAUGAUGUAAAGGAAAAUGACAAGGGCGGCAAGAAGGCAGCACUAAAGAAAAAACCGAAAAAAGAGGAUACAGAAGAGGAGGAUGAGGAUGAGGAAGAAGAAGAGGAGGAGGACGAGGAAGGGGAGGAGGGGGACGAGGAGGAUGAGAAGGAAGAAAAGAAGCCUAAAGAUAAAGUAAAGAAGUCGCCGGUAAAGAAAGCUAAAGACGGAGACGACGAAGGCGAUGACGAGGAGGAAGGUGAGGAGGAAGGCGAGGAGGAGGAGGAGGAAGAAGAGGAAGAAGAGGAGGCGCCCAAGCCCAAACCUAAAAAAGAGCCGACAGAACCGCCGGUGCCACUGCCAGCGGGUAAGGGCUUGCCGCUCGGACACAUCAACAACGUCGAGAUCUCAUUAUCGCGGUUCAAGACACAAGACCAGAAGGUCUUGCAUCAGUAUUUAUAUGGGCAAUUAUGCCUGGACCGUAAUGUGAAACGGAACAUAAAGAAGUUCAAGGGCUACGAGUGGGCCAUCGGCUCGGCGGAGUACAAGACCAAGCUGGAGGAGACAUCCAAGAUGGAACUCAAGCAACUACGCACCAUGUGUGAAAUGCUUGAUUUGGAUAAGAAAGGUGGUCCCAACGACCUGGCGACUCGGAUAGUAGGGUUCCUCCAGCAGCCGGUAGCGAACUCGCCGCACGCGCGCGGAGUGGCGAGGCCGCCGCCCGCGACCGCCACGCCCGGAGGCCGCCCGAGGCGAUCCGCCGCCGUCAAGAUCCACAACCGAGGAUACUCAGAUGAAGAAUAUGAAACUGAUCCAGAUAAUAAAGUCAAAGGCCCUAAACCACCGAAGGACGGAUCUGAAGAUUCUGAUGGCUCGUUCAACCCAAGUGGGUCGGAGGCGGACUCGGACUUUGACCCCGAGGGUGGCGAGGGCGUCAGUGGUGUGACCCGCAAGCGCAAGAGCUCAGGCCGCCGCCGCUCAAACACCAAGCCCGGCAAGCGGGGGGCAGGUCGCAAGAGCAAGGGGGGUAAGAAGGUCAAGGUUGUUCCUAAAGGACGCGGGCGAAAAGCAAAGUCGGAGAGCGAAGAUGAGAGUGAGAAAUCGGAGAGCGAAAGCGAAGCCGCAGAGUCUGCUAGCGAUGCAGAGGAGUCUGAUGAGCCGAAGUCCAAGCGCGGUCGGCCAGUGACUGCCCCAGUGGCCAAGGGCCGAAAGGGAGCUGUGGCCAAGGCCAGCGCCAAGGCCACACCCGCUAAACGGAAAGCGCCAACGCCGCCAGCCAAGAAGAAGGCUCCAGCCAAACCAGUAGGCAGGCCGGCCGCCAAGAAGGGCAAGAAGGCGUCAUCUGAGGAGUCUGGGGAAGGAAGCGAGGAGGAGGAAGAUGAGGAGGAAGGGAGCGAUGAGGAAAGCGGAGAGGAGUCUGACGCCCCCGCGGAUAAGAAAGCCAAGCGGCCGCCGACGGACGAUGAGAUAAAGAAGUACGUGAAGCAAAUCCUAGAGGGCGCCAACUUGGAGCAGAUCACGAUGAAGACUGUGUGCAAGCAGGUGUACAGCCACUACCCGGACUUCGAUCUCGCGCACAAGAAGGACUUCAUCAAGGCGACCGUCAAAUCGUGUAUUUAAGAUGUUUAGGAGUUAAGGGCGGAGUGUAGAUGUCUACGUAGCAUACCUAUAGUUUAUAAACGGACAUAGUUAUAUAUUAUUACAAUAAUAAUAUAUUAUGAAAAAUAAAAUAUCUGACAUGAAGUGGAAUGGAUAAACUCCCGCUUUUCGUUUUCAAGCUCAUAUCAUCGUGAGCGGUGACGUCGGCCGCAAACAUUUAGCUCAGUAAGCUACAUAAGUUAGACUAAUUCCCGUUCGCUCCGCUCCACACUUCGGCGCGGUCGCUCGGUAGGAAUUCCUUAGUCUAAGCGUUCACUAAAUACAUUAUUGUAACACUUGUAUUGUCUAUUUUUGAUUUUUGUUUUGUAUUCAUUAUUAUUACUAUUAUUAUCAUUAUUAUAGUUAUUGCAGUCCACAUUCUGACUCUCUUGUCCGGACAAAAUUACUAAAAUUCUUACAUGUCCGAGUUUAUUCCUGCUAUUAAUGUAGUAUAAAUAACUAAAACUAGUUACUACAACGUUACUAAAAUAAAGUCACUCAGCAUUAAGUUUUUUGAUUUUGUUCAAUAAUCUUAAAAUUCGUGGAACUUACGCCCAAAUACUGUAUGGUAAGGUUUAUAAAUUUUAUUAUAUAAUUACCUUUAUUUAUCUGUAUUGUAUUCAACCUGGAAGGGACUUAUUGAUUUACACGACAGGGAAUCCUAGUGUGGAAAUCACAGACUGUAUUCUUUAGUUACUUUCUAUGUUUGUUGAAAUGAAUAAAUAAAGGUGUGUGUAAAUAACAAAAUCAAAAUGGUGGGUCGUAUAAAUUGCCGCACGAAAACAGUCCUGCAGUAUUUGACCUUUGCAUAAUAUAUGAGGUUGACAAGAUCAUACACCAAUACGCAUUGGUGCAGUGUGGUGGACUACUGCCUUAAACCCUUCUCAUUGUGGGUCUCCUCAUGCUCUGUAGUGGGCCGGUAAUAGGUUGAUACGAUACAAGAGCAUCCUCAGUAUAUCCAUGUUCUUUUUCUGGGUAAAAGUAUCCUAAUAGGAGAGUCAGUUUUAGCGCAUUGUCAUCAAUACUGCUUUAAUGUGGUGUGUGUUUAUUAACGUUGUUGAAUGUUUGCCUAUACGUAGUCAUGAAACCACAAAGAAUUAAAUAAUACACUGAUGUGAUCCAUAUAUGAGCGUAAGCUAUUUUUUAUUAUAAGUCUACCAAUCGAGUUAGAGUGUGGAUAUGUAUAUAUAUAUUAUUUUUAUAUUAUAUUAAGGGGAAUGAUAACAGUAUGAACUAUACAAAUUGAAUAUUGAAUUAAUUUAUUGUCAAUAAUUAUACAAAAGAGAGUUAAAGUAUAAUUAAUUAACUACUGAAAAUAAACCACAAACCGUUUCAAAAAAAUUCUAUGAACUGCUUUUAAUUAAUCAACUGUGGUAAUUCGGCUGAUACAACUUUUUUAAUUUUACGAAACUGUUAGUAGGAUAAACUUAAGUUUACGUAACUAUUAGUAUGGUAAACUAAGUUAAUCUCAGUAUCACAUUAUUGUGAGAUUUCGCAGUAAAUCUAAAAGCACAGUGAAUAGUUCGCGUAAGCUAAGUUUACUGAUCUGAAGCAGGCUACAAUGACUUCGAUUACAGCCAAAACGCCCGUGUGUACGUGUACUAAUAUGACAUGUACCUCCGCAAAAAGGUUACACCAAUCUUUCAUAAAUAUUGCGUAGCAAUCGAAUUAUCACAAUUCUGUAAUAUUUUAAAUUAAAAGCUCAUUACCUGCUGAGUCAGAUUUGUUACUAUCGCGGAAAUCCUCACCUCUAAUGUCCGAGGAAUCUCAUUCUCUAUUGCAUUGUAAUCGUAACUUAGUCUCAGCGACUAUUAGUGACCUAUAUAUAAAUUGACCGUGUCAAAAUUGGCGGCACUAAUUGCGUUGUUAAGAUUAUAAUGCCGUAAAUUAUCAGCAAGUUCACGGUGUUGGUUUCGCCUAAAUGAUACAGCAGUGAUCACAAUCGGGUGAGGAAAGUUCGCACUUUAUAUUUUUUUUCUAACUGUCCUAACUGUCCUACUGAGUUACCUAGGGUGAGAUUUUCUACCUAUUCGAUAACAUAAAGGUUAACUACGAUUUGUAUGGAAUCGAAAUAGUGCCAUCUAGUGGCAAUACUGUUUCCCAACCACUUCACCAUGUUCGUUGAUAUGUUAUCACGUGAUCAAAUAGGCUGAAAAUCUUACGUUAGGCAGUGUUACUGCAAAUCUAUGAACAGGACUAAUCUACUUUUCAGCAGCUAUUGAGUUGAUUUUACUUGUAGGUACUGUGAUGAUUCGCCUUAAACAAGUUCGAUUUUAAAAGAUGAUUUUUGUUGUAAAUGUGUGCCGCGUCGGGACCAUUUCGUUUUUAUCUAGAACUAAACUCCGUACAUUUGGUGUGUCAUAGUAGUGAUGGAUUAAUUAACAAUCUUAAACAUUAAUUCUUAGCGUGCGAAAUCUUAAUUAGCAUCUUCAUAUAUUAUAAUAAACAAAAUUAAAUGUAAUUCUGUGAAAUGUCAAUGUUGCAAUUGAUUGAUUCGUAAGUUAGCACUUGCUGCGCCACUUCGCAGCCUGCGGACUACUCCAUAUCUGCAAGAAUACUAUUUAUUUUCUAUUCUAAUUAAUUUGUCGCCAGAAAACUUAAUUAAAUGGUUUACUUUUAAUUUCAUAUGGAAAUAAUUGGUAUUUAUUUUUAUAUAUUUUAAACCUUGUAAGCUUGCUCGUGCAAGUAUUACGCAAACAUUUUCAGCACUUAACACAUCGAUUAACACGUUAAAACACGAGAAUUCGCAGGCUAAUGAAAUAAACGAAAAAUAGCAUUAAUUUCCAUCGCUAGUCAUAAGAAUCAAAUAUUGUAAUAUUCGAUCCGACUUCGGCGGACAUACUUAUUUCACUAGCAACAUAUUAAUCGCCUAGUAGCGUAUCAUCAUAUUGUGUCUGUGUAUAAAAUGUUGUUUGGGGUUAGUCUAUAAAAUACGUUUGCAAUAGAUGGUAUUAAUUAAGACCCCGGCACACAAAACACACCUUUAGGUGAAUUCUGGUCAUAGAAAGUACUAUUUAUAGAACUGAGUUAACAAACAAAAUAGUUUUUUGCAUGCAUUUGCUAAUCAUAAAACAGUUUUUACAGAAAAUAUCCUAUAAAUCAACCUGGUUAGAAAGGUCUACCAGUCAAGAUCUAAGACCAAGUUCCAGAACUGCAAUGAAAACACCGACUUUCUCCCAGAGAUGUCGUCGGUGGUCAUAAUUAAUUUUUCCGUUCUCAUAAAAGUAAAACCAUAUGAUAUGUGAAAUAUGCGACCUUGACGAAUAAUAUCAACUGUAAUUAUUUUAAUUUUUGUACUUACAAUAAGUGUUCGUUAUAAUAAAUAAGUAUAAUUUCAAUAAAUAUUUUAUUGUAUUAAGACUAUAUGGAUUUAUUAUUUGUUUCAUAAAAAAAUAACCUUAGGAGAUGAAUGUUCAAAAAAAAUGCAAGUAGGGGGUACAGGGGUGAAAUAUGCCACAAGUUUGCGCAACGUAUUUUAUGCACGGGCCCCACGUUUUAAUGGCGUGGUAUGUAAGAUUAUUUUUCUAAUGUAGGCUGUAAACUAUUAUUUGCAGUCUAAGCACUCGCAAAUCUAUGUAAGGUUUGAUUAAGUGUACUUUUAAGAUGUGUAAAUACACUGGACUGCACCGUUUGGGAAUAGCUUUGCUGACAUCGUCGAGUAGAUUGGAAAAAAAAUAUUAUUCUUAUACAAACAUUUUGGUGGAGCCACCUUUCUAAAUUGUAAUAAUAUUUUUUAAACUGUUAUAUCGAUUUGUCUUUCGUAAUCAUUUAAACGCAGUUGCAGUAAACUACUAUUAAAAUAAUUGAGUUUUUUAAUUUUAUUGUUAACAUUUUUGUGCAAUAACGUUGUUCAGAGUAUAUGAAAAAUGAAAAUGCAUUUGAGCUUAACAACAAUGUGUGAAUUCAUAUACAAAUUCGUAAAAUGCAUGAAAAUGAUUAUUGUUUUCACUGUCGAGGUGCUCGAGACGUAAAAGCUUUUUUUUUCUCUAAGUGUUACUUGUGGCCGAACAGUCGCUAAGUCCGUUGGUGAGCUAACAUUCUAGGUAUAAUUCUGGUCUGAACGCACCUAGAUUUUACAGAAUGCCUUCCCGGAUAGAGACCUGUUAUGUCUAUAUUUGAUGUCUCUAUUCCGUAACGCAUUCGAAAAUAUCUCCCAUGGUCGUACGCGAACUGUUAUGCGACUAACUUGUGCGUUUGUACUUUUAAUUGUUACAGCUAUGUACAAUUUCAGUCAUAACGAUAAUAAGUCGUUAGACAAUCCACGUGUGGCCUUAUAUAGAUCAUUUCCAUUAUUUAGAAUCUUUUUACAGUGUUCACUUUACUAAAAGACACGGAAUGAUUCGAAUAUUUUUAUCCAUGUAUAUUGUCAUGAUUAAUGAAAUAUCAUAAAGGUUUUGCUAAUAUUGCGUCUUUAAUUUAACCUUUCGACCACCAUACAACAUAAGUAAAGAUCUUUUUGCAACGCAUAGAUAUGAAAGAAAAAGAAUUAUUUGAAUGUGUUAAAUUAUUUGAUGUGAUCGAAUAAAAUAUAAUUCAGCAGUGAGGCGUAAAUCGACGCUAAAUAGUGGAUAUACUAUAUUAAAUAAAGUGACCGUUAUACAAUAUGGUUGUUUUAUGUUCAUCCUAUAGUGAACUCUCGGUGCGUCCAAACCACUUAAUUCUAAGAUAGAUUUAAUCAACAUUAAAUGUGUAUUUGUGAAUUUAACCUUAUUUUGGUUGAUGUUUCUUUAUAUUGUGUAAAUGGAUGAUGAUUAGUAGCGAAGUAGUGACACGGAGUGAUAGAGUGACUGGUUCCCCUUUUACAAUUGGAAUAUAGAUAAUAAAGCAAAUAAAAGUUUGAAAUGUC